GUGGAGCAUUCUUGAUGCAAGAUCAAGGGAAUGGACUGCAACCAAUCGCUUACCUAAGUAAGAAACUGCACGGGGCAGAACUAAACUACCCGAUACACGACAAAGAGGCCCUGGCCAUCAUCAUCGCCUUCAAAGCGUGGAGAUGCUAUCUCGAAGGACGAAGAACAACCGUCUACACUGACCACUGCAGCCUGAAAUAUUUGAAGACACAACCCAACCUUUCCAGGCGGCAGGUCCGGUGGAUCGACUUCCUCGAGACACACUUCCACUACGACAUCGUGUACAAGCCCGGUCACAAGAACAAAGCAGACGCUCUUAGCCGGCCUGCCCACGUUGCCGCUAUUCAGGUCGAAGGGAUGAAUCCACUACUCAAGGGACUCUUCACACACGGGUACGCCACCGACCCGAAAUUCCCUUGGCAGAAAAGCGACAUCUGCUACAGUGGGACAGUGACAUCGCGUACCGGAAAGGAUCAACGAAAGUCUGGCAUGGCAUUCCAACCACACUCAUCUCCGACCGAGACCCUAAGUUCACCAGCAAGUUCUGGAAGGAACUUAUGUCUCUCCUCGGGACCAAACUCGCCAUGUCAUCCGCUUACCAUCCGCAGACAGACGGACAGACCGAGCGCCCUCAACCAAAUUGUUGAGCAACUCCUCCGAGCAGCCUGCAAGGACGAGAUCUCCAAAUGGGACUUGCACCUGCCCGUACUAGAGUUUGCUUACAACAAUGCUACACAUGCCGCUACUGGACAGACGCCGUUCUUCCUCUGCUACGGACGCCACCCACUCACACCACAAAAACCGACAGCAUCAGCUACAGCCUUCCACGUCCAACUUCUGAAGCCCUAUCAGGACCCAAACACGAUCUUCGUUGGAGGCCAACCGCCGCCGCCACCGCCCGUCCUCGUCCAGAAUGAACCCGAGUACGAGGUCGAGUCCGUGCUCGCACACCGCCGUCGUCGGAAUGGCACCGUGGAGCUUCUCAUCCGUUGGAAGGGUUAUGAUCCUUCUGAGGACAGCUGGGUACCUGAGUCUGACAUGGGUAACGCCCGUCGUCCUCUGCAUGACUACCUUGUCAAGCAGGAACUCUCAACGGCAGCACCCCCAGAACCAACACCCCAGAGCGAGAACCCCUCCAACACCAGCGGCGGCCCCCCAGAAGCGCAGGACGAACACCCUCCUCACGCAGCACCCCAGGGGCCAAGGCGGCAGCGGCGGCGGCGGCGACGGCGGGCGCGGCUGCGGCGGCGGCGCGGGGGGCGGGGGCGCUGGACAGGGGGCGGAGGCAGGGAAGGGGGACGCGGCAAGGACGGACCGGGG